ACAAAAUUACAAAGAAAACCAACACACAUAUAAGCAACAACAAUUGUCUGUGAUUGCAAAGAAGAAGGAAAGGGAAAAAAAUGCAAUCACUUGGUCAAAAUGAGGCCUCCGAAGCAUGCCCUCAAGGUUGCUGCCCUACCUCAAUAUUGUUCAACCCACCACCACCAUCAUCUCAGAACACAAUAACCAAACCAAGAAACAGUUCUUCAGAGUGUCGCCACAGCUUUGUUGCCACAACAGCAUCCUCAAUCUUUCCAAACACCAAAUUCACCAACCAUGAGUCUCUUCCAUCUUUGCAUGAAUCAUUCAGUGAAUUCAAGAAAGUGUACCCUCAAUACUCAGACUCUGAACAGGUAGACCAUGUGAGAGCCAAAGAAUAUUACCAUCUCUCUUUCUCAAACCAAUCAUGCCUUGAUUACAUUGGUAUUGGCCUUUUCUCUUACUACCAACGUCAACACCAUGACACCUCAAAAACCCAACUUGCUUCUUCUUCAACACCUCAAUCUCCACCCCAAUAUUCUGAUAUUCCCUUCUUUAGCAUAUCCUAUAAGACUGGGAAUCUGAAGAAUCUAUUGCUUCAUGGGGGGCAGGAAUCAGAGUUUGAGUCUGCAAUGAGGAGAAGAAUAAUGAAGUUCCUUAACAUAUCUGAGAAUGAUUACUUCAUGGUUUUCACAGCAAACAGAACUUCAGCUUUCAAGCUAGUGGCAGAUUCAUAUCCAUUCAAAUCUAGUAAGAAGCUUCUGACAGUGUAUGACUAUGAGAGUGAGGCAGUGGAAGCAAUGAUUAGUUGCUCAGAGAAGAGAGGAGCCAAGGCCAUGUCAGCAGAGUUCUCAUGGCCAAGGCUUCGGAUUCAAUCAUCAAAACUGAGAAAGAUGAUUGUUAGCAAGAGUAAGAAGAAGAAAAAGAGGGGUCUUUUUGUGUUCCCAGUUCAUUCAAGGGUAACAGGAGCAAGAUAUCCUUAUCUGUGGAUGAGCAUAGCACAGGAAAAUGGGUGGCAUGUGUUGAUUGAUGCUUGUGCUUUAGGGCCAAAAGACAUGGACAGUUUUGGCCUCUCUCUCUUUCGCCCUGACUUUCUCAUUUGUUCUUUCUACAAGAUUUUUGGAGAAAACCCUUCUGGGUUUGGAUGCCUUUUUGUCAAGAAAUCUGUUAUCUCCAUUCUUGAACCCUCCUCUUGUGCAGGAAUUGUGAACCUUGUGCCAGAAAGGCUGCUACUUCAGCUAUCACAGGAGAUGGGUUCUUCUUCUGGUGAUGAUGGCAAACAAAAUUAUUUAACUACCUUACAUGAACAAGAAUUGUCUUCUUUAAGUUCUUUCUCUGGUCGGAUACAAACCACACAGUCUUUAAAAGUUGAAGAGGAAUCAUCAGAGCUUCAGGUCAUAGUGGCACCUACGGAAGGACUAGUUGAGAGCCUUCAAAAUAAGAAAGCACAAGAUGGUGAAAAUGGGAGCUUUAAUAUUGAAUGUAGGUGUUUAGAUCAAGUGGAUUCUUUGGGGUUGAUAUUGAUCACCAACAGAACAAGGUACCUGAUAAAUUGGCUGGUGAACUCAAUGAUGAAAUUAAAGCACCCUAAUUCAGAAGGGGUUCCCCUAGUCAAGAUUUAUGGCCCAAAGAUAAAGUUUGACAGGGGACCUGCUUUGGCAUUCAAUGUGUUUGAUUGGAAAGGUGCAAAGGUCGAGCCUGUGUUGGUGCAGAAACUUGCUGAUAGAAGCAAUAUAUCUCUCAGCUAUGGAUUUCUACAUCAUAUUUGGUUUUCAGAUAAGUAUGCAAAUGAGAAAGGAAAAGCCCUACAGACCAAAGAAGGAAGAGGCCAGAGAGUAACUACCAACAAGAUGGAAGAUAGAGAUAAGCUAGGAGUAACUGUAGUUACUGCUGCAUUAAGCUUUCUUGCUAACUUUGAAGAUGUCUUUAAACUAUGGGCUUUUGUUGCUCGGUUUCUUGAUGCAGACUUUGUGGAGAAGGAAAGAUGGAGAUACACUGCUCUCAAUCAGAAAACUAUUGAAGUUUGAUUUCAUAAAUUUCAUUUAUUCUUCUGGAUUGUGGUCCAUAGAAGACUUGAGUGUGUGAAUUCGGAUGAGGAUCUCAUGCUGAUCUCUAAUAAUUUUUUUGACAAGUUCGUUAGGUAUAUACACAAUUGAUUUGUCAAAUAUAUUUCAUUUUACUUGUUUCCUGUAUUUUGUCCUUGCAUGCACGUUUUAGCAGCUCCACAACUCUACAUUGGUAUUUAAAAAAAUGGCAGCUAGAAAAUUUGAAUGUACAAUCUAACUCAAGGAUAAAGAAAUCAGGAUACCCUUCUAAUUACUCACAAACUGACAAGAGUGUAAGUUCCAGUACUACUAUAUUGGGUAACUGUUCUUGUAUGAUAUGUAUGGUUGUUUAAGAAAAAUCAACUCACGAAUACUGAAAUGAUCUACAUC